UCACAGGCGUCAAAAGUUGUCUUCCUAUACCACAGAAAAUCGAUCCGGGGGUGUGAGCCAUAUCAAUCGAUCAAAAUGCCGACUCUCGAUGUCAGCGAGCUGAACGUUGUGAUCGCCAUACUAGGCGCCUUCAUCGUCAUAUACGGUUUCUUCUCCGUCAAGAUAAAACAAGUCUGGUACUUGGGAGAAGCGUUACCUGCAGUCCUCAUCGGCAUCAUCUUAGGUCCGAUAUCAGCGAAGUUCCUCAGCGCCGAACGAUGGGGCUCAGCCGCGGAAGGCCAGCAGGAGGCCAUCACCCUCGGUCUCUGUCGUAUCGUCAUCGGCGUCCAGCUUGUCAUUGCGGGGUUCCAGCUCCCAGCGAAGUACCAACAAGCUAAUUGGAAGGAGAUGGCUAUCUGUCUUCUUCCCGUGAUGACGAUUAUGUGGCUCUGCACGAGCGUUUGCAUUCUUAUCGUUGUUCCGAAACUGUCGUUUCUCGCAGCUCUGGUGAUUGGGUCGUGUGUUACUUGCACCGAUCCCAUUCUUUCGCAGGCUGUAGCGAAGGGACCUUUUGCAGACAAGUUUGUGCCCAGGGCGUUGAGGGAGCUUAUAUCAUCGGAAGCUGGAGCUAAUGACGGAUUCGGAUUUCCGUUCCUACUUCUCGCAACAUACCUCAUCAGGCACGCGGACCUGGCCAAUGUCGAUUUCAAAGAUGGUGCUGGAGAAGUAGCAGCACAUGUCAAACGCUCAGCAGAGGUUGGGAGACUCGGAGGCGGUGUCGUUAAAGCCAUGGAACAAUGGAUUGUGGAAGGCUGGAUCUACAUCAUCCUCCUAGCAGUCGUGAUUGGCGUCGUCGUUGGCGUUGGCAGCAUGUUCGCCCUCAAGUUUGGUCUACGCCGCAAAUGGAUCGACUCGGAAAGCUUGCUCUUGUGGCCCAUGGCCGUUGGACUCUUCCUUAUCGGCAUCUGCGGCGCCAUUGGCACUGACGACCUUCUUGCCUGUUUCAUCGCUGGCAAUGCGAUGAACUGGAAUGGGCUGUAUCUGGAAGAGACGGAGAAGCGACAUGAUGAAGUCAACAGCUGCUUUGAUGUUAUCCUCAACUUUGGCGGUUUCAUGUACAUUGGUACGAUCUUUCCCUGGAAAGAGUUCCAGAUGCCGGAGGUGACUGGCAUUACUAUCGGUCGGCUUUUCAUUCUCGGCUUCCUGAUUAUGGUGUUCCGACGCAUUCCUGCCAUCUUUUUGACUUACAAGUUGAUGCCGAGAUGUGUCAAGAGUUGGAAGGAAGCUCUAUUCAUGGGAUAUUUUGGACCAAUCGGUAUCGGAGCCGUCUUCUACGUCGAACACACCCGCCACCUAUUCCCCAAGGUGGGCGAAGCCAUGACUGAAGAAGAAGAACAUCUCGUCCAAGCCAUGGUUCCAGUGGUAUACUGGCUAGUCUUCUUCUCCAUCAUCUUCCACGGACUCUCCAUCCCCGCCCUUGACGCAUUCUACAAGUGGAAAGGUAUCGCUCCUAUCAUCGAGGAAGAGCCCGCAGAGAUCACGAUGCGCUCCGAAACAAAUGCUCUUCCACCAAACUCUUACCUGAACCCUAAACGCGGUUCAGUGAUUGUCCACAAUCGGUUCUCAAGGCCGGUCUCGGAGGCAGACCAGACGAUGCUGAGGCGAUGGAAUACCGAUGAUACUCAGGUCGAGUUCAAAGUGUGA